AGCAUGAGUGGAGAGAAUCAGCAGCCAGAAAAGAGAAAGCAGAGAAAGGAGGAGAGAAUGUGUGGUGAAAGGCUAGCGCUUCCUUGCUUCUAUCCAGGGCCUUUGUGAAUAAACCAUGGGAUGUAUCGGCUCUCGAACCCUGACAGCAGAUGGAGUUCCCGUGCAGAAGGAUGGGGAACAGUUGUCUAUGGAGGACACAACCUCAAUCCUCCCUCGACUGAAGAAGAGGAACUCCAAUGCCUAUGGAAUCGGCGCUCUGGCUAAGUCCUCUCUGACAGGUGUGUCAGGAGUGUCUCGCUCUAUGAAGGACAAGGUGACGAAGCCGACAGCGAUGGCCCAGGGGCGUGUGGCCCAUAUGAUUGAGUGGCAGAGCUGGGGCAUGCAGACGGUGGGCGCGGGGGGCAGCGGAGCAGGACGCACCUCCAGUCUGCACCUCCAACAAGAGCGCAAGCUGGAGAAUGAUGCAUACAGUGACCUCAGUGAUGGAGAGAAGGAGGCUCGCUUCGCUGCAGGUGUGCUUCAGCAGUUUGCGAUUUCUGAAGCAACGCUUCUGGCCUGGAGCUCUAUGGACGGCGAGAGCACAAGCGUUGGAUCUAAUCAGGGAAGCAUAGCCCAUCUGAGCGAGGCCAACCAGGAAAGCAUCACAAGUCGAGACCAGAUAGUGCACCAUUCUUCUGCAGAGGUGUGGCCUCACAAUUACGUCUCCCAAGGUCUUUAUUGCCUUUCUUCCUCUGACGCUUGGGAGCCAAUUAGUAAUGAACAGUCAGGUGUGGCCUCUCCUGCCACCGGUUCAUAUGUCAUGGCUGUCGGGACUGAGGGAGGAUAUGACCCAAAUACAGCAGCUCAGUUCCUCUCACAACAGCAGCAGCAGCAGCAGUAUCAGAACCAGUUCCAUCAGAUCCAGCAUCUGCACCAGAUCCAUCAAUACCAGCAGCAACAGCUCCUGCAGUAUCAACAACAGCAACAGAUGUUGGAGCAAAGGCUGCAGAGUGCUACUCAGUCUUUACAAGUUACUCCCAACAGCACCAUCCACAGCCUGCCUCCCCUCACUCACCCGCCUUUAGUGGAUCUGUGGGGGGCAGCGCAGACAGAGGCCUAUCAGGCAGACAUGGUGGGCUACAUGGGUAUGCCUGUAGCAGUAGAUGGAAAUCUAACAGCCCCCACAGAGGAGAUGACGACAGAUCACUCACCUUUACUGGAAGCCCAGGAGGAGGAAGAGAUCAAAGAGGAAGAGGUAACGUUAUAUAUGGAACCAGAACCAGUAACAUUAAUUCCAUCUCCAGUAACGCAGGAAGUGACCUCGACGGGAGGAAGCAGUCCAGGUCAAGCCCCUGGAGAGUCCAGCACAGAGCGCAAGGCGUCUGAUGUCUCACCAUCUGUCAUUGAAGAGCUUGAGGAAAAGGAGUCGUCCGAAUCAUCAUCUGUAGACAUCACGGCAACCAACUAAGUGGCCGGCAUUAAACUUCAGCUGGUUAUGACACACAUUUCAAUCAGCAUUGUCAAACAAUAUCAACUCCUAUUUCAGGAAUCUAACACCAUUGUGAUGGAAUUCAAGUGACAGCUUGAACCCAAAAUGGAAAAGCAGAACUGAAAGUUACAGCACUGCUUACGUGAACACUUUGAUAUUUGAAUUUAAUUUUUAAUUUCUUUUGUAAGCCUUAUAUUAUGGAUGUCUGAGAAAGGAAGGUACACAAUGUGAAUGGGAAAUUAUUCGGACUGGGAAAGGAGAGAAGGAGGAAAACUCCCCAUGUUAGGAAUGGAGUGAUAGAGUUGGAGGUAUGUAAUACGAAGAACAUUCGGUUAAAUAUGUGCAUGCUUUUACAAGGAGUGUUGACUCUCGUUAUUCAAAAUAAAGAAACUAUAGUUAAUAAACCAUAAUGAUUAUAAUAAUACUAUUCUUUUUUAAGAAAACAACAAACUAUAUAUAUAUAUAAUAGACAGUAACACAAGCUUUUUCAACCCAUGAUACCACAAAGACCCUUACCAUAAGAGAUCACAUAAACUCAAUACAACACAAAUUUCCUCUUAUCCUCUUCGGUUUUCAGCCAGUAUACUUACAAACACACUCCUUUCUAUGUAAAAGACCGGAUUUGGCAGUUUAUGGCACUGUUGGGAGAAACACAGGUUCAAUACAGAAGUUUCUGUGCUGUGAAACAUAAAAAUCAAUUAACUGAAACCAACCACUGAUCUACACAGUUCUGUCGGCUGUUUAUUACGGAGCCCCUAAAGGGUCAUUGUGAUGGGAGAAAAUUUUGGGUGGAAGGCAAAACAUUUUUUUGUUGAUUUAUUUAUUUAUUUUUAUU